AAAUUUUUGAAAACAAAAAGAAUCGAUCGAAAUGUGUUAGAUCUCAAAUCGUUGCUACUGGAACUAUAGCCAUCGAAUUUGCUGCAACGAAUAUAAAUCCUUUCUAACCUUUCUCUUCAGAUCGGAUCAGAUCAGAUCCACAGCCUCUCGUUUGUCAGAUCCGCCAUGGAUUUCAUGAAGGUCUUCGAUCAAACCGUGCGAGAAAUAAAGAGAGAGGUGAAUCUGAAGGUGCUCAAGGUUCCGGAAAUCGAGCAGAAGGUGCUGGAUGCAACUGAUAAUGAACCUUGGGGUCCUCAUGGUACUGCGCUGGCAGAGAUUGCACAGGCUACCAAAAAAUUUACUGAAUGUCAAAUGGUCAUGAAUGUGCUAUGGACAAGGCUGGGUGAAACCGGAAAAGAUUGGCGUUAUGUAUACAAGGCAUUAGCUGUUAUAGAAUAUUUGGUAUCACAUGGAUCUGAACGUGCAGUUGAUGACAUUAUUGAACAUACUUUUCAGAUCUCGGCACUUUCUAGUUUUGAAUAUGUUGAGCCAAAUGGGAAGGAUGUGGGACUCAAUGUAAGGAAGAAGGCAGAAAACAUCGUGUCCCUGUUGAAUGAUAGAGAUAAGAUACAUGAUGUCAGAAAUAAAGCUGCUGCAAACCGUGACAAGUAUGUUGGAGUUUCUUCUAGUGGAAUCACAUAUAAGUCUGGGUCAUCCUCCUUUAGUAGUGGUGGCAGCUAUCAGAGCAGUGGUAAAUAUGGAGGUUUUGGAUCUAGAGACGGUGACAGGUUUAGUGAUAGCUAUAGAGACAAGGGAUCCUAUGAAGGAGAAAAAGAUUACCAUGAAAAAUCACACCAUGCCAUUGAUGAAGAGAACUCCUACAAGAAGGGUUCUGCACGCUCUGUCAGUAAAAGUCAAAGUCAGGAGAACAUGUCCUCUAGAGUAUCAAAGUCGUCGACAAAUGCACAUAAUUAUGGUUCUGUUCCUUCUCAAAGUUCAAGUGUACCUGCAAACAAUACAGAGGAUGACAUGGAUGAUUUUGAUCCUAGAGGAACUUCUACCAAAGCUUCAGCCGGAAACUCUAAUCAGGUUGAUCUCUAUGGACAAGAUUUAAUUGGUGACCUCAUGGAUGCCCCAACGUCUGUUCCUGUAGAAAAGCCAGCAGCUAGUAAUGUGCCGGAAGUUGAUCUUUUUGCAGACGCAACAUUUGUAUCAGCUCCAUCUCAUGUGGACAAAGGAGCCAGUUCACAACCACAGGCUGAGGUGGAUCUGUUUUCUUCACAACCAGCUAUUCCUUCAGUUACACCAACAGUUGACUUGUUUUCCAUUCCUGAACCGGCAGUGCAGCCAGACAGCAAGACAGAGAACUCUGUUCCUGUGAAUAACAGCACAAUUGAUCCCUUUGCUGCUGUUCCUCUUAAUAAUUUUGAUGGAUCUGAUAUUUUUGGUGAUUUUACCUCACAAUCUGAUUCUGUAUCUUCACAGCCCUCCAAUAAUGUUGUCAGUGAUGACAAGCAUGAUAAUAUGAAUGGUAAAUCUUUAGCAGACUCUAAUGUUUCAGCUAAAAAGGAUGGUUUCCAGGUGAAGUCUGGCAUCUGGGCUGAUUCACUAAGCCGUGGACUGAUUGAUCUCAAUAUAACUGCUCCUAAAAAAGUAUCUCUUGUGGAAGUUGGGAUCGUGGGUGGAUUAAGUGAUGGAUUCGAUGAAAAGGAAAAAGGCCCUCCACCUUCAUUUUAUAUGGGGAGAGCUAUGGGUUCAGGAUCUGGUCUUGGUAGGUCCGGAUUCUCUCCUUCACAGCCAGCAGCGGGAGACGAUAUAUUCUCAAACCUAGGCAGCCAACAAUAUCAAUUUGGUGGGUUCCAAAAGUAAAUUUCCCCCCAUCACGUUUUCACUCAUUCUUUGUGUGUCGGCAUUACCGAGCUUGUCAAGCUUUUUGGCAUGGUUUUGUUCGUAUAUAUUUCUCUCAGUACUGUGAUUAUAUUAUUUUAAAUUUCAAGUUACUAUUGUGUCUAAAAAUACUUUUUACAUACGAUGGAUUGCAACAUCCUACAGACUACAGUGUCAAAAUAUAUGGUGGUGGCACUAGUUUGAGUUGUAAAAUAUUCGUGUCAACUAUAAGGUGGUUGUUGACGUCUUGGUCAUUACUUAGAGAUCUACUGUCAGUGUCUUGCUUUCUUAAUGUUGGUGUUUUAUGUCAACUGUUCAAAUUUUAACGUGCAUGCUGCCUAA